AUGUCCCCAGUCUUGCUGUGGACGGGGAAGGUUGGCGAUGCGUCUGUGUUCCGUGUCUGGGGAUCUCGGGCGUUUGUCCGCGACUUGUCUGCGGACAAGCUGUCCCCUCGUGCUGCUCCCUGUGUCUUCCUUGGCUUCCCCACUGACGCCCCAGGAUGGCAGUUUUACCACCCCUCCUCUCGUCGUGUUCUGUCCUCCCAGGACGUCACGUUCGACGAGUCAGUCCCCUUCUACCGUCUCCUCCCCUACCGCACUCCUUCCCUCCCCCCUCCCCCGGACUUCCUUGUGCCGGUAGACGCCGUUGACCCGGUCGAGGUUACUGGUGACUCUGGUGCUGCUGCGGGUGCUGAGCCUGGGGGUGCUGACUCUGGGGGUGCUGUGCGCGGGGGUGCUGAGCCUGGGGGUGCUACUGCUGGGGGUGCUGGGCCUGAGGGUGCUACUGCAGAGGGUGCGGAGCCUGGGGGUGCUGAGCCGGGGGGUGCUGUGCCUGGAGGUGCUGGGUCUGGGGGUGCUGGGUCGGGAGCUGCUGAGCCUGGGGGUGCUGAGCUGGGAGCUGCUGAGCCUGGGGGUGCUGCGUCUGGAGCUGCUGAGCCUGGGGUUUCUCCUGCUGCUGCGUCUCGCCGGGAGCCCCUCUCUCCACAGGAGCUGCGCGAGUGGUUCGCUCGCCGCUGGAGGCGUGCUGCUGAGUCUGGAGGUGCUGCUGGAGCUGGAGCUGGAGCUUCUUCGACCGUCGAGGGUGUGGGUGCUGCCGGUCCCGGAGCUGCUGGACCUGCGGGUCCUCCUGGAGCUGGAGCUGCUGAGGGCGUUCGUGCUGAGCCUGCUGCUGUUGGUCCUGCCGCUGGAGGUGUGGGUGGCGCUGGUGCUGUAGCUGAGGGUGCUGGUGCUGUCCCUGCUGAGUCUGGAGCUGCCGCGCGGCCUCGGCCGUACUUCGUUCCGCUCCUGCAGCAGGUUCUUGGUCUUUCUCCUCCAGUAGAGGGUCCACCACCUGUCCAGUCGCAGUCCCUACUGGAGCCUUCCUCUCCACUGCCUGCUCCCUCUCCUUACACUGGUCCUACUGGAGGUCUUGCUGAGCGUCGUGAGCCUGCGUCUCGUCCCGCGUCGCCUGUUCGUGCUGCUCGCGCUAGUGGUCGCAGUUCGCGUCAGCGUCCUCCUCCUGUCCCUGGCACGCACCGGAUGUCUCUGCGUCCGUCCACUGCUCCUCUGCGUGCCCCUUUGCCUUCUCCUCCGGAGUCCUCUCUUCCUGCGCUUGCCGACCCUGAGUCGGACUCUCUUCGCGCUGCGAGUCCUACUGUCACGCGUCUGCUUGCUACUGUCGUCACUGACCCCUCUUUUGAGUCCACUGCUGCGUCUGCUCUAGUCGCUGAGCUCGUUGACUUUGCUGCUCGCUGUCGUCUCGACUACGCUGCUAGUCUUGUUGCUGAGUCUGCGUCUGUCUGUCCUCCGUCCGUCGGGGGUGAGUGUGCUCUUGGCACGGACGUCCUAGAGGACAGGCAGGAGGAGUUACAGUGUCUAGCGGCUGCUUCACCUCAUCUCGCGUCUGUACUGCUUGCCCCUGAGGGAGACCCGGAUGCACUAGACAUCCCGACUCCGCGUUCUUACGCGGAGGCCGUAGAGGGUCCCUACUCCUCUCAGUGGCAGGCAGCUAUGGAUGCAGAGAUGGCUUCCUGGAAGUCCACAGGCACCUACGUUGACGCGGUUCCCCCUCCUGGGGCGAACAUCGUCAGUGGCAUGUGGAUCUUCAGGGUGAAGCGGCCGCCGGGCUCUCCACCUGUCUUCAAGGCACGGUACGUUGCUCGUGGCUUCAGUCAGCGGCAGGGAGUUGACUACUUUCAGACCUUCUCUCCCACCCCGAAGAUGACUACUCUUCGGGUGCUGCUGCACAUAGCCGCUCAGCGCGACUACGAGCUUCACUCUCUCGACUUCAGCACUGCGUUCUUGCAGGGUAGCCUGCACGAGGAGAUCUGGCUUCGCCGUCCACCUGGCUUCACUGGGACUUUCCCUCCUGGCACCCAGUGGAGCCUCCGACGGCCAGUCUACGGUCUCCGCCAGGCACCGCGUGAGUGGCACGACACACUGAGGACUACGCUUGCGGCUCUUGGGUUUGCUCCUUCUACUGCAGACCCGUCGCUGUUUCUUCGCACCGACACUUCCCUGCCGCCGUUCUACAUCCUCGUGUACGUCGACGACUUGGUCUUUGCCACAGCGGACACUACUGGACUCGCCUACGUGAAGUCCGAGCUGCUGAAGAGACACACGUGCACAGACCUGGGUGAACUGCGCAGCUACCUUGGCUUGCAGAUCACUCGGGACAGAGCACGCCGCACCAUUACCUUGACUCAGUCACACAUGGUGCAGCAGGUCCUUCAGCGCUUCGGCUUCACGUACUCCUCGCCUCAGGCCACUCCUCUGCCUACUCGCCACUCACUCUCAGCUCUGCCUUCGGAUGAGUCCGUAGAGUCGAGUGGUCCGUAUGCAGAGCUUGUUGGCUGCCUCAUGUACCUGAUGACCUGCACACGACCUGACCUUGCAUACCCUCUGAGCAUUCUUGCACGCUAUGUUGCUCCUGGGAGACACAGACCGGAGCACAUGGCUGCAGCGAAGAGGGUAUUGCGCUACCUGUGCAGUACGUCGGGCAUGGGGCUAGUGCUUGGAGGGCGGAGUCCAGUGGUCCUUACCGGCCACGCGGACGCUUCUUGGGCUGACGACCAGGCUACGCAGCGGUCGUCACAGGGUUACACCUUCAGCCUUGGUUCCGGCUCUGUCUCGUGGCGGUCUACUCGCUCGUCUUCGGUUCUCGGCUCCAGUUGUGAGGCUGAGAUCUACGCCGGGGUCAUGGCUGCACAGGAGCUUCGCUGGCUCACCUACCUGCUGACUGACCUUGGAGAGCCGCCUCGUUCUCCUCCAGUGCUGUACGUAGACAACAAGGCUAUGCUGGCCUUGUGUCGAGAGCAGCGCUUGGAGCACAGAACGAAGCACAUUGCUCUCCGCUACUUCCUUGCUCGUGAGCUGCAGCAGCGUGGUCAGUUGCGACUUGCGUACGUGGCCUCUGAGGCCAACACUGCUGAUGUGUUCACCAAGGCACUCGCGCCUUGUGACCAUCAGCGCUUUUGCACCCAGCUGGGUCUUGUGCCUGUCUUGCCUCACUUGCUCUCCUCUUGA